AUGCCUAAAUUUAAAAAUAGAACUACAAAUCGCGGAGACUGGAGUGAACAAAAUAUGAAAAAAGCAAUUCAAGCCGUCUUUGACAAAAAAUAUUCUGAGAGAGCUGCCGCAGAUCGAUACGAAGUUCCACGUACUUCUUUGCAGGAUAGUAUCAAAGCUAUGAAACAAGGUCAUGAGAUUACCCUCAAGCCAAAAUUAGGACGUUUUCAACAGACAUUUAAACCUGAGUUUGAAAGACAACUUUGUGAGCAUGUUAUAAAUUUAGAUAACCGUCUCAUGCAUUUAACAAGAAGUGAGUUUUUGCACCUUGCCUUUGAUUUGGCAGAAAAAAAUUAA